AUUUGGUUUGGCGCGAAAGGCUGAACAAGAUGCCUCGGCUCGGGGCCAGCAUCAUCCCAAUCAUGGCUGCGUCUUCCAUCAACAACUCCAUGCGACAGUGAAGAUACUUGUAACAAUGCCGGCAGAUCGCCUUUUAACGACAGUGCUGCGCGCAUAUCAAGGACCUCCGGAUCCAGAACAAAACAAUAGGAUUCUCUCCAGCACAACGUCGCUCCUCACGACUCUCUCGAACCCACUUAAUGUCACCCUCCUCUCAUCACAUCUCCUCACGGCGCCAGCGAUAUGGAAUAAAUUAGACGGACUAGAUACGAGUCUACGAAUAAUCAGCAUCUUCAAUACUGCGGCGAUCACAGUGCGGAAAAACCAGCUUGAGGGACAAUCAAAACCAUACGACGCAUAUCAGCCACGGCAAGGAGGAGGGAUAGCUUGUGAUGAUUGGGCGAAGGCAGUAGUUAAAGGAUUGGACGAUCGUACGCCCAGAUGGCAGCAUAUACUUGUCAUUUGUGGAGUGUUAAUCGGAAUGGAGGGGCAGGAGAGACAAGGUCUGUCGAGCGCAUUGAGGAUCACACUGGAGCAUGCUAUGGUCACAGCAGUAAAUCUUGCUUUGGACAGCCCCUCGACUGCUGGAAUACUCGGGUCGGGAUCACUUGUACUGGCUCUGAACCAUGCAUUCCCUCUAUUAUCCAAUGGAGUCAGAAGCGAAUUGAACUAUGAUGCUUUGCUCAUGGUUGCGGUUAGGACAAUGACUUCCUCCGAGGGUUACCAGGAGGGUUAUUUUAUCGAAGCCAUUGAUUACGAUGUCAAGCAAGCAUCAGGGUCCAAAUUCGACUGGUCAGCAAGAUCAGCUUCGUUUCGACAGCUCCAGAAGCUCGCCAAAAAGCCAGUGAUCGCUUCAAUGGGUCCGUUAUCAAGGCUCAUUGCUCAUGCCAUCGAAAAUGUGGGGAAGCCGCUUCUAGUAGUAGAAGCUCGAGAGCACCUACUUGCAUUUACGACGGGUAUUUCGCAGAAGUGGCAGAGGAACAAGCUUUCUGAGGUUGACCCUUCAGAAGAAACUACUUUCCUGGCACCUGACACUCUUCGAGUCACAUUCCCGGUUCUUUGGCAGAUACUGAAGACAGCCAUGUUUGCUACAGUGGUAAUUCUCAGGACGGUAGUUGGACGAACCUUGAUCGAUCCUGUUCUAGCCUCUCCCCAGCUUGCGCCAGUAACUGCGUCGCAGUCACUUCUUGCUCUGAGAAAUACACAUUUUAUCUCGUCUCGAUUAGGAUCCAAUGCCUUCUCAGCCUACACUUUUGUCAAUACCACAUCUAUUGACAUUCUCACCCGAUUUCCAGCAUCCUCUCUGAAUUUUCUCCGCACAAUAUACCCAUCUCACGCAGGUCAGAUACCUGCAUCUCCUCUGCAGCGGAAUCAUGAUCUAUUCUACCUAAACACCGCGGAGCAUUUCACGCUGUCUCUCAAGCCAGCAGAUGUUGAAAGCCUCAUCGUAACGCCAUGUACGCCAUAUCUAUCUCCAACAGCCAAUGUCCAUCUUCUAGAAAUCUUCGAAGCAGCACAUAGUGCCAUGUUAGCGGUCUUGGCUGCCCCUCAGAAUGAGGAACUCACAGCCAGGAUUUUACCAUUCUACGUCGAGAGUCUCUUCGCAUCAUUCCCAAGGAACCUUUCCCCAAGACAAUUCAGAUUCGCUUUCAAAGCCUUGAUCCAAAUCUGCACACCCCCGAACCCACUAUCCAGCUCACAUCCCUUCAUGGCAGAAACUCUGCUAGAGAUGCUUCACUACCGCGCUCUAAACGCACCAACAGCAUCACUUCCUCCAUCUGUAGCGAUCAAAUCUGAAGCAGAUGCGAAGACUCAAGGGGUGCCGCUCUCGGAACAAGCUGUGCUUCUCCUCACUCUUCUAGACGCCUUGCCAAAUGUCACAUUGGCUGUUCUGGAAGUGUGGCUACCACUAGCGGCGGAUCUUCUCAACGUCAUACCGGACCCGACUAUGAAAGAGCAUUGCAGAAAGCGCUUCUGGGAGGUCUUGGAGGGUGGAGAGAUGGAUGUUGAGAGGAGUGCUGUUUGUGUUGCUUGGUGGGGGACCAGGGGUGGAAGGGAGAGGGUUUUAUCUGGUGACGGUGAACGAGGGCCGUUUAUGAGUGGUGGGCUUGGGGUGCCGGGUAAGGAAAGUAGGCUUUGAGGAAUAUGGCAUUGCAUGAUAAUGACGUUUUCGCGUGUACUUCAACUAUGACUGAUGAAGGCGUUUUGGGUCGUGGGGUCUUGGAUAGAUAUAUCUCACAAUCUACGAAUGAUACCAAGGUUGGGAAUAUGGUUGAUGUGUGGAUGUGACCCGGAGAAGCUGAUCGACCAUGAUCUAGUGGCAGCAACUAUCAAAGCAGCCUGCCGAUCUCAUACAUCAUCCUACCUCCUUUCGUCGUAGCCAUAUCAAUAAUGUGACUUCUCCAUAAAUCCCCUUCGUAGUUCUAUAGCAACGCCAGAUGCUACACGUAUACCCGUAUACUGACAAAAACAAAGAACCACAAGCCUCCUCGAUGCCUUUCUAGAAGGAAGAUUGGCCCUGCCGCAUAUCAGCGAGUCUAGCGUCCAGGUGUGCGUCCCGCUCAGAAAGCGUCUUCAGCUUCUCAACAAGGUCCUUCAUAUUGACAGCCAGUCUCUUGCGUUCAUCCCAGUAUGCUUGGUAUUUGGCUCGGUGCUUGCCAGGGAUGGAUUGGAGUUCUUCGAGGGUUGGCGAGGAGGUGUAAUCCGACAAGUCGAUCUCGGGCUCGGAGCUAAAUUCUGGCUUGAAGUUGCCCUCUACCUUUAAGCUUGAUUCUGGUUCUGGAGUGGUGUUUUCAUUGUUGGCGGCUCGGGCUUCUUGCUUAGCCUUUUUGGACUUCUUUUGCUUGUGGACACCGCCGUUGACGGGCUUGAAGGCGAGGGGAUUGGACUGCUUUGGCUGUUGUUGUGGCUUCUAUGGGCUGGUCAGGCUGUCUAUCUCGAACUCGUGUUAGGAUACUGACCUUCUUUCCUUGAUCAAGCUGACCUUGUUUCCAAUCCUCGGCCUUCUUUUCGAGAUCCAGCGCCUUCUUCUGAUCGGCCUCCCGCUUCUUUUGCUGCUGCAACUCGUUCUGCUUCUUCUGGUCCGCCUUGCGCUUGUCCUGGAGCUCCUUCUUCUUCUUUUUGUCAGCCUUGUGUUGAUUCUUGAUCUUCUUCGACUCUGCCUUGUCCUUGGCCUUCUCCUUCUUCUCCUUCUUAUUCUUGCCCUUCUAGAAGCGCAAGUGUAGGUCAGCAGAUGUUCAUAUAUCGGACGGGCUCGAAAUAUCUGCCAGCUGAAACCCACCUUUCCCUUUGAAGUCUUUGUGUUUUCCUGGGCCUUCACCUCCUUCGGUUGGACCUUUGAGUUAUUGUCUCUGCCCUUGCCCUUGUGUCGUGUCUUUGCGUUGGUGCUGGCGGAUGUAGGGAACGAAGCAUUUCCAGAGCCUGAUUUCCUGGAUACAGCCUUUGCCUUGUUGCCCUUGCCCUUGGGCGCAUUGUGGCAGGCUACUGUACGUUAGCGUAGUCAUUGGAGAUAACUAUGAGUGACA